UUGACAGCCACAACCACCCCACCCCUCCCGCCCCUCAUUGGACGCCUUUGCUAGUGGGCGGGCCUGAGCCGUGGUGGGGGGAGGGGAGCUGUGGCCUUCUCCUCCCGUAAAGGGCACAGUGCUACUCCUCAAGAUGGCUGCGGCGGUACUUCUCCGCUGGGCAGGCCAAGGCCUCUACAGUUCCGUAUGGGGGCUGCCGUUUGGCGCGGGACUGAGGCGCCGCCUGAGCCUAGGCAGCAGUAGCAACGGGGAAGGCGGCGGCGGCAGCUGGUUGUACUUCCCGCUGCGCGAUCGCGACGCGCUGCGCGUGCACGGGCCCGAUACAGAGUCGUUCCUCCUGGGGCUAUUGACCAAUGAACUGCCGCGACCGGGCCCUGGGGGCGGGGCAACAUCUGAGCCGGCCCCGGCGCCCGCGCACUACGCUCACUUCCUCAACGUUCAGGGCCGGACGCUCUAUGACGUCAUCCUCUAUAGACUCCAAGAAUGCCAAGAGGAGCCACACUUUCUCCUGGAGGUUGACAGCUCAGUAUCUGGUGCUGUUCAAAACCACCUCAAACUGUACAAGAUCCGAAGGAAAGUCAGCAUCAGUCCCUGCCCAGAUCUCUCCCUCUGGGCGGUCCUCCCCCAAACUGCAGCCGAGGGCUCCGCAAAGCCCUCGUUAGAGAAAGGAGGCAAACCUUUGGUCCUCACCCCAGAUCCCAGAGCAGCAUGCAUGGGCUGGAGGUUAAUUAUCCGCAAGGAAGAUCUGGCCCAGGAGGUGAUUCCCAAGACCCAGAUUAGAAACUCUCAGGACUAUCAUAAGUACAGGUAUCAAAAAGGAAUUCCCGAAGGGGUCAAAGACCUGCCACCCGGCGUGGCCUUGCCCCUGGAGUCCAACCUGACUUUCAUGAAUGGGGUCAGCUUCACCAAAGGCUGCUACAUCGGACAGGAGUUGACCGCUCGGACCCAACACAUGGGAGUCAUCCGCAAACGCCUUUUCCCUAUUCGGUUUUCAGCUCCCCUCCCGGAGGAAGGCAUCUGCUCCGGGGCCAACGUCCUCACGGAAGCAGGGAAGCCGGCCGGGAAGUACCGGGCAAGAGAGGGUGACCUGGGCAUCGCUUUGCUUCGGGCCGAGAGAAUCAAGGACCCUCUUCACAUCAAGACCUCCAGAGGUCAGCAAGUGAGCGUCGUGCCAUCUGUGCCAGACUGGUGGCCUCAAGCUAGCAAGUAAUCCCAGCCCCCAGCAGCGCUGUCCUGCGGACACUGGGUGGACGUUCUCCCUUCCCGCUUUGGUGGUGGGGAGGGAGAGCGCAUCACCCUGGGGACGGAGCUACCUUUUCCUUUGUCUCAUGCCGCUGGCAUCGCUAUAAAUAGCCCAUGCCCACAGAACAGAUGGAGCACACUGUGGGCUCCUCUCGGGCCAGGACCGGCUAGAGGACAAAAGGGCAAUGCUCGCUUCGGGGGUAGGCGAGCGGAGGCUGGAGA